ACAGCAAUCAAAACUACAGAAAGUAAAGAAUGUGAUGUCAAUACAAAUGCAUACUCCUUACAUACUGUUGGCUUGUAUUUGAUUCUGAAAUUUCCAAAUGGAUUAAUUGUGAUUUGGGACAAAAAUACAAGACUCUCUGUCAUACUGGAUCCACACUGGAAUGGCAAAGUGUGUGGUCUCUGUGGAAAUAACAAUGGCGAUCUCAAGGAUGAUUUCACCACAAGAUACUCAUCAAUGGCUGCUGGAGCACUGGAGUUUGGAAACAGCUGGAAAGAGAGUCAAGAAUGUUCUGAUACUGUUGCUCAAAGUUUCCCAUGUGACUCGAACCCGUACUGUAAAGCCUGGGCUGUGCGGAAAUGUGAGAUCAUCAGGGACAGCACCUUCCGCGACUGCCACAACAAGGUUGACCCCAGUUCUUACUACGAUGCGUGUAUCGAGGAGGCCUGCGCGUGUGACAUGGAAGGGAAGUACCUCGGCUUCUGCACGGCCGUGGCUAUGUACGCAGAGGCGUGCAGCGCCGUGGGAGUCUGUGUCUCCUGGAGAAAACCAAAUCUCUGUCCUGUCUACUGUGAUUACUAUAAUGCUCCUGGGGAAUGUAGCUGGCAUUAUGAACCUUGUGGAACGGUCACUGCAAAAACAUGCAAAGAUCGAGUCAUUGGCCAGAAAUUUUCUGCACUUUUAGAAGGUUGUUACGCUAAGUGCCCUGACAGUGCACCCUAUCUGGAUGAGAACACUAUGAAAUGUGUCCGUUUAUCUGAGUGCAGCUGCUUCUAUAACGACAUCAUACCUGCAGGGGGAGUGAUCCAAGAUAACUGUGGAAGAACAUGCUAUUGCAUUGCAGGGGAGUUGGAGUGCAGUGAAAAUAUUGCUACAAAUUCAACAUUUGCAGUUUCUACUACAACGGCUACUUCCAUAUUGAGCAGCACACCAGUGAUAACACUGGUCACCAGUAGUUCAGGCACAGCAGCAUCCAUUUCUGGGAUUACAACAUCAAACAGUGAAACAGUAGGAGCAACUCUCACUGAACAUUUUACUACAGGCAUUGCUACAACUUCAACUCCCAUCACCUCAACAACUGCAAGUCCGGUCACAACUGGAGUAGUGAGUUCCAUCAGCAGCCCUGGGGGCAUAUCAGGGACAACUGGAAUGCCACUAGGUGUAACCACAGGAGAUGACAUUGAAAUUACGACUGACACAGGCUUCAGAGCAGUAGGAACAGGAGGACCUACAGCACCAACGGUGAGAGAGAAAGCUGAAAGCACUUCUGGAAACAUGGACACUGGAGCUACAAGCCCAGGAAAAUCAGGUACGAUGGGAGAGUCCCCGGGAACCACCACAAGAGCAGGUGAGGAAAGUACACCUGGAGCUUCAGGCAUUGGGACCUCCAGUACUGGAAACCCAGCAGGCAAGACAAAGCCCUCUUGGGAGCUGUGGUGGGGGUCUAACUCUAGUUUUGCCCAGAUCUCAGAACAUGACAAUGAGAUUGAGUAA